AUUGAGCAGUGGAGAUAUAAAGAACUACUGAGAGGCGGUUAAUAUCUAUUACCUGCCUUGGUGAUAGACAGUCCCCUGUGGCAGCCAUGGGGUGGAAAUGCGUGGGCUUGUUUUUGCUUACUUCGUUUGUUGUCACUGAAGUCCAUGCCAGACUUGUUCGCAACCAUGUCAGCAGCAUCUGCAGCACAUGGGGAAGAGAACACUUCAAGACGUUUGACGGUGACGUGUACCAGUUCUCCGGCCCUUGCGAAUACAACCUGGCCUCAGACUGCCACAUGUCCAUGCAGGAGUUCUCAGUGCACAUAAGGAGGGAGCAGAAUGAUGGGAACCCAACUGUCCGCUACGUGAUGGUCACCAUCAAUGACCUUACCUUCCACCUCACAAAGGAAGUGGUCACUGUCAACCACCAACCGGUCUCAAUGCCGUACUAUAACGGUGGCGUUCAAGUAGAAAAUAAUGCCGUCUACAUCAAGCUGCAGUCCAAAGUUGGUCUUGUCGUCAUGUGGAAUGGUGAUGAUGCGGUCAUGGUGGAGGUUGAUCAGGACUAUGCUAAUCGCACUUGUGGACUCUGUGGUGACUACAACGGUGUUCCUGUCUACAAUGAGUUGAUUUACAAUGAUCGAAUAAUUAGCCACAUCGAAUUUGGUAACAGCCAGAAAGUUCAUCACCCAAACGAUGACUGUGAAGACCCCUUUGAGGAGUAUGGAGAACAGCUUGAAGAUGUGCCACUUGAGGAUUCUUGCGAGGAGUUUAAAACCCUCUGCCGCCAAAUGUUUUUUUCAGAGCCCUGGAGUCCCUGUACCCAACUUAUUGACCCUGCACCAUAUGUGCAGGCUUGUGUUCAGGACAUGUGUGGCUGCAACAACCGCACUAAUAACUUUUGUGUCUGCAGCACACUUUCUGAGUUCUCUCGACAGUGUUCUCACGCUGGUGGACACCCUCCCAACUGGAGGACACCGCAAUUUUGUGCCAAACAGUGCCCAUACAACAUGGUGUAUGAGGAGAGUGGUUCUCCAUGCAUGGACACGUGCACACACCUGGACACAAGUUCUCUGUGUGAGGAUCACAGAAUGGACGGCUGUUUUUGUCCUCCUGGAACUGUGUUUGAUGACAUUUCCCUGAGAGGGUGCAUAGCUCAGUCCGAAUGCCAAUGCAAGCAUGGCAGAAUCUACAACUCGAGUGAGGGCUACCACCAAAACAAGGAGAUAUGUACGUGUUUUCAGGGCAGAUGGUCUUGCAAGUAUCUUGAGACAUCAGCGACAUGUGCAGUGGAGGAGGGCUCACAUUUAACCACCUUUGAUGGGAACUCCUACACCUUCCAUGGGAAUUGUUUUUACACACUAGCCAAGGUUGAAAGCAAAGAUGCGUCAAGUCCAAAGUUUACUAUUCAGGUCCAGUUGACGCCUUGUACAAACCAAGAGUUUGACACUUGUCUCAAGGCCCUUAAAGUCCUGCUAAACAAUGACAGAAAUAACGUAUUGAUGUUCACUUCUGAUGGGAAAGUAAAGCAGAACCAACGGACCAUGACUUUGCCAUACCAAACAGGGGACAUCAACAUAUUCCACGCCUCGUCUUUUCACAUUAUACUCCAUACUUCUUUUGGGUUGCAAAUACAAGUACAGCAUGUGCCUCUCAUGCAAGUUUAUGUGAGGCUGGAGCAGAGUUACAAGGGAAAGACACGGGGUUUAUGCGGCAACUACAACCUUGCCUUGUCUGACGACUUUAAGACCCCUCAGGGGAUUGUUGAGGGAACGGCGACGACGUUUAGUAACACUUGGAAGGCCAACCAGAUGUGUCGAGACACAAGGGAGAGACUUGAUGACCCCUGUUCUCUUAGCAUUGAAAACGAGUUGUACGCCAAACAUUGGUGUGCCUUGCUGUUGCGUCCGAAUAGCACCUUUGAACAGUGCCAUUCAUUAGUGGAUCCCGAUGUUUACUAUAAGCGCUGCACUUAUGCCAGCUGCAACUGUGACAAGAAUGAAGCCUGCCUAUGUGCUGUCUUCUCCUCCUAUGCACGAGCUUGUGCAUCGAAGGGAGUCUUCCUGACCGACUGGAGGGCAAAUGUUUGCGACAGGUACACAAAGAGCUGCCCAGCAUCCCAGAUCUUCUCAUACAAGCAUCAACGCUGCGAGCUGACUUGUAGAUCACUGAGUGCAAAACUGCAGACUUGCUCCUCCGACUUCCUGCCUGUAGAUGGCUGCUCCUGCCCCAAGGACCAAUACCUGGAUGAACAUGAUAUUUGCAUCCCCAAAGAGAAAUGUCCCUGUUAUCACAAUGAGGCCUAUAUCAAGCCGGGGAAGUCCAUCAACAUCAAUGAUGAGCACUGUGUGUGCAGGAACGGGGUGCUUCAUUGCCGCUCUUGGAGAGCACGCUCAUCAGUAUGCCCUCCGCACAAAGAGUUUUUCAACUGCUCAUAUGCUGGCGCAGGACAGCUUGGAGUCCAGUGUGCAGCAUCUUGUUCAAAUCUGGAUAGCGAUGAUUGUGACUACGGUGAGUGUGAAUCCGGAUGUCAGUGUCCUCUCGGCCUUUUUGACGAUGGCAAAGGUUUCUGUGUGGAAAAAUCGGAGUGUCCAUGUCAGCAUAAUGGUCAAAUCUAUGCCUCUGGAACGCAAAUUCCUCAGCAGUGCAACACGUGCACUUGCAAAAGCGGAAACUGGUUGUGCACAGAGGAAAAAUGCUCAGGAACUUGCAUUAUUUAUGGAAGUGGCCAUUUCAAUACAUUUGAUCAGCGAACAUAUGGCUUUCAAGGACACUGCAGCUAUGUUGCAGUCAAGAACAAAUGUGGCAAUAAAACAGCAGAGGACAACAUUGGAGUCAUCACAGAGAAUGUACCAUGUGGCUCUACAGGUACCACAUGCUCAAAAACUGUCAGAAUCCAGCUUGGGCGAAUGGAAAUCAAACUAGCAAAAGGAAAAUAUGAAGAGGUGGACCUGGGACAGGGAAGUCAGAUAAAAUACACGAUAAGAAGGGUUGGCAUGUAUCUGGUCAUAGAAUCUGCAAUUGGACUAGCAGUCAUGUGGGAUCGCAAAACAACUGUCCGCAUCCUCCUGGAACGUCAACACAGUGGAGACGUAUGUGGCCUGUGUGGAAAUUUUGAUGGCAAUGGACAGAAUGACUUCACCACUCAGGACCAGCUUUUAGUGAACACCGUUUUAGAAUUUGCCAACAGCUGGAAAACCUCCAGCAAUUGCCCAAAUGUGGAAACAAACAGCGAUCCUUGUGUGGCAACACCAAACCGACAUCACUGGGCCAAAAUGAUGUGCAGCAUUAUAAACGGCGAAACAUUCAAAAAAUGUCACAAUAAGGUGGAUCCACAGCCAUAUUAUGAGAACUGUGUGAAAGACUCAUGUGCCUGUGACACCGGGGGAGACUGUGAAUGUUUUUGUACUGCAGUUGCAGCUUAUGCUCAGGCUUGCAAUGAGGCAGGCGUAUGUGUGGCAUGGAGAACACCAGAUAUCUGCCCUGCCUUCUGUGAUUAUUAUAACAACCCACAAGAAUGCAGAUGGCAUUACAACCCAUGUCAUCAACCCUGCUACAAGACCUGCUUGAAUCCAGAGGGAAUUUGUAGCAACCCCUUACCCCAACUGGAGGGUUGUUACCCCGUGUGCCCGGAAGAUAAGCCGCUAUUUGAUGAGGAACACCAGAUAUGUGUUGAGGAAUGUGAAGGUUGCUUUUACAAUGAGACAAGAUACGAUCCAUAUGAAGUUAUUUUCAAUGUGACUGACAAUUUAGGAAUGUGCUACUAUGCAAUAUGUAUAAAUACAACAGUUGUAUUUGGCAAUGAAACCUGCUCCACUACAACUGUGCCUCCUACAACAACCUCUGCUCCUGUGACUGAACCUUCUACUACAACUGAAGGACAAACUACCACAUCCACAAAACCGACAAUCCCCCCAACAAUACCUCCAACUAUCUCUGAGAGCCCAUUUGCCACCACCACCACAAAAUCCACAGCAUCAUCAUCAAGACCAACCACUACAACUGAAAGCCAAACAACCACAACUAUAUCUGAUACCACAAUUUCUACAACAUUUGAGGAACCUGUAACUGGAACAACAGAAAGCCAGUCUACUGACCAUGUUAUUAGCAACAUUACAACAACACCAUCCGGACAAUUGACAACCCCAACAUCAAGGCCCACCACAACAACUGAAGGUCCAACUACAACUAAAUCAACAACCACAAUGGCAGGACCCACCACAACAACUGAAAGUCCAACUACGACAACUAAAUCAACAACCACAACGGCAGGACCAACCACAACAACUGAAGGUCCAACUACGACAACUAAAUCAACAACCACAACAGCUGGACCCACCACAACUGAAAGUCCCACUACAACAAAAUGGACAACCACAACAGCAGGUCCCACCACAACAACUGAAGGUCCGACUACAACAACUAAAUCAACAACCACAACAGCAGGACCCACCUCAACAACUGAAGGUCCAACUACUACAAUUAAAUCUACAACCACAACAGCAGGACCCACCACAACCACUGAAGGUCCAACUACAACAACUAAGUCAACAACCACAACAGCAAGACCCACCACAACCACUGAAGGUCCAACUACUACAAGUAAAUCUACAACCACCACAACAGGACCCACCACAACAACUGAAGGUCCAACUACGACAACUAAAUUGACAACCACAACAGCAGGACCCACCACAACAACUGAAGGUCCAACUACAACGACUAAAUCAACAACCAUAACAGCAGGACCAACCACAACAACUGAAGGUCCAACUACAACAACUAAAUCUACAACUACAACAGCAGGGCCCACCACAACAACUGAAGGUCCAACUACUACAACUAAAUCAACAACCACAACAGCAGGUCCCACCUCAACAACUGAAGGUCCAACAACAACAACUAAGUCAACAACCACAACAGCAAGACCCACCACAACAACUGAAGGUCCAACUACAACGACUAAAUCCACAACCACAACAGCAGCACCCACCACACCCACUGAAGGUCCAACUACGACAACUAAAUUGACAACCACAACAGCAGGACCCACCACAACAACUGAAGGUCCAACUACGACAAUCAAAUCGACAACCACAACAGCAGGACCCACCACAACAACUGAAGGUCCAACUACGACAACUAAAUCAACAACCACAACAGCAGGACCGACCACAACAACUGAAGGUCCAACUACAACGACUAAAUCAACAACCACAACAGCAGGACCCACCACAACCACUGAAGGUCCAACUACAACAACUAAGUCAACAACCACAACAGCAAGACCCACCACAACCACUGAAGGUCCAACUACUACAAGUAAAUCUACAACCACCACAACAGGACCCACCACAACAACUGAAGGUCCAACUACAACGACUAAAUCAACAACCACAACAGCAGGACCCACCACAACCACUGAAGGUCCAACUACAACAACUAAGUCAACAACCACAACAGCAAGACCCACCACAACCACUGAAGGUCCAACUACUACAAGUACAUCUACAACCACCACCACAGGACCCACCACAACAACUGAAGGUCCAACUACAACAACUAAAUCGACAACCACAACGGCAGGACCCACUACAACAACUGAAGGUACAACUACAACGACUAAAUCCACAACCACAACAGCAGGACCCACCACACCCACUGAAGGUCCAACUACGACAACUAAAUUGACAACCACAACAGCAGGACCCACCACAACAACUGAAGGUCCAACUACGACAAUCAAAUCAACAACCACAACAGCAGGACCCACCACAACAACUGAAGGUCCAACUACGACGACUAAAUCAACAACCACAACGGCAGGACCCACCACAACAACUGAAGGUCCAACUACAACGACUAAAUCAACAACCAUAACAGCAGGACCAACCACAACAACUGAAGGUCCAACUAUGACGACUAAAUCAACAACCACAACAGCAGGACCCACCACACCCACUGAAGGUCCAACUACGACAACUAAAUUGACAACCACAACAGCAGGACCCACCACAACAACUGAAGGUCCAACUACGACAACUAAAUCGACAACCACAACGGCAGGACCCACCACAACAACUGAAGGUCCAACUACGACAACCAAAUCGACAACCACAACAGCAGGACCCACCACUACCACUGAAGGUCCAACUACGACAACCAAAUCAACAACCACAACAUCUGGACCCACCACAACAACUGAAGGUCCAACUACGACAACUAAAUCGACAACCACGACAGCAGGACCCACCACAACAACUGAAGGUCCAACUACUACAAGUAAAUCUACAACCACAACAGCAGGACCCACCACAACAACUGAAGGUCCAACUGUGACAACUAAAUCGACAACCACAACAGCAGGACCUACCUCAACAACUGAAGGUCCGACUACAACAACUAAAUCAACAACCACAACAGCAGGUCCCACCUCAACAACUGAAGGUCCAACUACAACAACUAAGUCAACAACCACAACAGCAAGACCCACCACAACCACUGAAGGUCCAACUACUACAAGUAAAUCUACAACCACCACAACAACUGAAGGUCCAACUACAACGACUAAAUCAACAACCACAACAGCAGGACCCACCACAACCACUGAAGGUCCAACUACAACAACUAAGUCAACAACCACAACAGCAAGACCCACCACAACCACUGAAGGUCCAACUACUACAAGUAAAUCUACAACCACCACCACAGGACCCACCACAACAACUGAAGGUCCAACUACAACAACUAAAUCGACAACCACAACGGCAGGACCCACCACAACAACUGAAGGUCCAACUACAACGACUAAAUCCACAACCACGACAGCAGGAUCCACCACACCCACUGAAAGUCCAACUACGACAACUAAAUUGACAACCACAACAGCAGGACCCACCACAACAACUGAAGGUCCAACUACGACAAUCAAAUCGACAACCACAACAGCAGGACCCACCACAACAACUGAAGGUCCAACUACGACGACUAAAUCAACAACCACAACAGCAGGACCAACCACAACAACUGAAGGUCCAACUAUGACGACUAAAUCAACAACCACAACAGCAGGACCCACCACAACCAGUGAAGGUCCAACUACGACAACUAAAUUGACAACCCCAACAGCAGGACCCACCACAACAACUGAAGGUCCAACUACGACAACUAAAUCGACAACCACAACAGCAGGACCCACCACAACAACUGAAAGUCCAACUACGACGACUAAAUCGACAACCACAACAGCAGGACCCACCACAACAACUGAAGGUCCAACUACAACGACUAAAUCAACAACCAUAACAUCAGGACCAACCACAACAACUGAAGGUCCAACUACAACAACUAAAUCUACAACUACAACAGCAGGGCCCACCACAACCACUGAAGGUCCAACUACUACAACUAAAUCAACAACCACAACAGCAGGACCCACCACAACAACUGAAGGUCCAACUACGACAAUUAAAUCGACAACCACAACGGCAGGACCCACCACAACAACUGAAGGUCCAACUACGACAACCAAAUCGACAACCACAACAGCAGGACCCACCACUACCACUGAAGGUCCAACUACGACAACCAAAUCGACAACCACAACAGCAGGACCUACCUCAACAACUGAAGGUCCGACUACUACAACUAAAUCAACAACCACAACAGCAGGUCCCACCUCAACAACUGAAGGUCCAACUACAACAACUAAGUCAACAACCACAACAGCAAGACCCACCACAACCACUGAAGGUCCAACUACUACAAGUAAAUCUACAACCACCACAACAACUGAAGGUCCAACUACAACGACUAAAUCAACAACCACAACAGCAGGACCCACCACAACCACUGAAGGUCCAACUACAACAACUAAGUCAACAACCACAACAGCAAGACCCACCACAACCACUGAAGGUCCAACUACUACAAGUAAAUCUACAACCACCACCACAGGACCCACCACAACAACUGAAGGUCCAACUACAACAACUAAAUCGACAACCACAACGGCAGGAUCCACCACACCCACUGAAAGUCCAACUACGACAACUAAAUUGACAACCACAACAGCAGGACCCACCACAACAACUGAAGGUCCAACUACGACAAUCAAAUCGACAACCACAACAGCAGGACCCACCACAACAACUGAAGGUCCAACUACGACGACUAAAUCAACAACCACAACAGCAGGACCAACCACAACAACUGAAGGUCCAACUAUGACGACUAAAUCAACAACCACAACAGCAGGACCCACCACAACCAGUGAAGGUCCAACUACGACAACUAAAUUGACAACCCCAACAGCAGGACCCACCACAACAACUGAAGGUCCAACUACGACAACUAAAUCGACAACCACAACAGCAGGACCCACCACAACAACUGAAGGCCCAACUACAACGACUAAAUCAACAACCAUAACAUCAGGACCAACCACAACAACUGAAGGUCCAACUACAACAACUAAAUCUACAACUACAACAGCAGGGCCCACCACAACCACUGAAGGUCCAACUACGACAACUAAAUCAACAACCACAACAGCAGGACCCACCACAACAACUGAAGGUCCAACUACGACAAUUAAAUCGACAACCACAACGGCAGGACCCACCACAACAACUGAAGGUCCAACUACGACAACCAAAUCGACAACCACAACAGCAGGACCCACCACUACCACUGAAGGUCCAACUACGACAACCAAAUCAACAACCACAACAGCAGGACCCACCACAACAACUGAAGGUCCAACUACGACAACUAAAUCUACAACCACAACUCCUGAAGGUCCAACUACUACAACAAAAUUGACAACCACAACAGCAGGACCCACCACAACAACCGAAAGUCCAACUACGACAACUAAAUCGACAACCACAACAGCAAGACCCACCACAACCACUGAAGGUCCAACUACUACAAGUAAAUCUACAACCACAACAGCAGGACCCACCACAACAACCGAAGGUCCAACUACGACAACUAAAUCGACAACCACGACAGCAGGACCCACCACAACAACUGAAGGUCCAACUACUACAAGUAAAUCUACAACCACAACAGCAGGACCCACCACAACAACUGAAGGUCCAACUGUGACAACUAAAUCGACAACCACAACAGCAGGACCUACCUCAACAACUGAAGGUCCGACUACAACAACUAAAUCAACAACCACAACAGCAGGUCCCACCUCAACAACUGAAGGUCCAACUACAACAACUAAGUCAACAACCACAACAGCAAGACCCACCACAACCACUGAAGGUCCAACUACUACAAGUAAAUCUACAACCACCACAACAACUGAAGGUCCAACUACAACGACUAAAUCAACAACCACAACAGCAGGACCCAUCACAACCACUGAAGGUCCAACUACAACAACUAAGUCAACAACCACAACAGCAAGACCCACCACAACCACUGAAGGUCCAACUACUACAAGUAAAUCUACAACCACCACCACAGGACCCACCACAACAACUGAAGGUCCAACUACAACAACUAAAUCGACAACCACAACGGCAGGACCCACCACAACAACUGAAGGUCCAACUACAACGACUAAAUCCACAACCACGACAGCAGGACCCACCACACCCACUGAAGGUCCAACUACGACAACUAAAUUGACAACCACAACAGCAGGACCCACCACAACAACUGAAGGUCCAACUACGACAAUCAAAUCGACAACCACAACAGCAGGACCCACCACAACAACUGAAGGUCCAACUACGACGACUAAAUCAACAACCACAACAGCAGGACCAACCACAACAACUGAAGGUCCAACUAUGACGACUAAAUCAACAACCACAACAGCAGGACCCACCACACCCACUGAAGGUCCAACUACGACGACUAAAUCAACAACCACAACAGCAGGACCCACCACACCCACUGAAGGUCCAACUACGACAACUAAAUUGACAACCACAACAGCAGGACCCACCACAACAACUGAAGGUCCAACUACGACAACUAAAUCGACAACCACAACAGCAGGACCCACCACAACAACUGAAGGUCCAACUACAACGACUAAAUCAACAACCAUAACAUCAGGACCAACCACAACAACUGAAGGUCCAACUACAACAACUAAAUCUACAACUACAACAGCAGGGCCCACCACAACCGCUGAAGGUCCAACUACGACAACUAAAUCAACAACCACAACAGCAGGACCCACCACAACAACUGAAGGUCCAACUACGACAAUUAAAUCGACAACCACAACGGCAGGACCCACCACAACAACUGAAGGUCCAACUACGACAACCAAAUCGACAACCACAACAGCAGGACCCACCACUACCACUGAAGGUCCAACUACGACAACCAAAUCAACAACCACAACAGCAGGACCCACCACAACAACUGAAGGUCCAACUACGACAACUAAAUCUACAACCACAACUCCUGAAGGUCCAACUACUACAACAAAAUUGACAACCACAACAGCAGGACCCACCACAACAACCGAAAGUCCAACUACGACAACUAAAUCGACAACCACAACAGCAAGACCCACCACAACCACUGAAGGUCCAACUACUACAAGUAAAUCUACAACCACAACAGCAGGACCCACCACAACAACUGAAGGUCCAACUAUGACAACUAAAUCGACAACCACAACAGCAGGACCCACCACAACCACUGAAGGUCCAAGUACGACAACUAAAUCGACAACCACAACAGCAGGACCCACCACAACAACUGAAGGUCCAACUACGACAACUAAAUCAACAACCACAACAGCAGGACCCACCACUACUACUGAAGGUCCAACUACGACAACCAAAUCUACAACCACAACAGCGGGACCCACCACAACCACUGAAGGUCCAACUACUACAACAAAAUUGACAACCACAACAGCAGGGCCCACCACAACCACUGAACGUCCAACUACUACAAGUAAAUCUACAACCACAACAGCAGGACCCACCACAACAACUGAAGGUCCAACUACGACAAUCAAAUCAACAACCACGACAGCAGGACCCACCACAACAACUGAAGGUCCAACUACGACAACUAAAUCUACAACCACAACUCCUGAAGGUCCAACUACUACAACAAAAUUGACAACCACAACAGCAGGACCCACCACAACAACCGAAAGUCCAACUACGACAACAAAAUCGACAACCACAACAGCAAGACCCACCACAACCACUGAAGGUCCAACUACAACAACUAAAUCUACAACUACAACAGCAGGGCCCACCACAACCACUGAAGGUACAACUACGACAAUCAAACCGACAACCACAACAGCAGGACCAACCACAACCACUGAAGGUCCAACUACUACAAGUAAAUCUACAACCACAACAGCAGGACCCACCACAACAACUGAAGGUCCGACUACGACAACUAAAUCGACAACCACAACAGCAGGACCCACCACAACAACAGAAGGUCCAACUACAACAACUGUUACUACUCCAGGUUCCACUACACAAUGCUUCUGUGUCAUAAAUGGCAAGCAUUAUUCACCAGGGGAAGUGAUCUUAGACAUGGAACACAUUGGAUCAGGAAUAUGUCUCACAAUGAUAUGCUCGGAUGUUUGUGAGAUCAAAAACAAGACUGAAGCUUGCUGGACUACACCCUUGCCAAAACCUACACCUUCUGUUCCUACAUGCCCUGACUGGGAAGUCGCACAAAAUGAGACCUUCUUGUUGUGUAACUGCACCAUGGCAAGAUGCAUUGAAAACAACACAGUAGAAAUAAUUCCCUAUGAAUGUCCACCAUUAAAGAACAUCACUUGCGCCAAUGGAAAGAAACCUGUUCUUGUUUCUGAUAAGGACCACUGCUGCCACCAUUAUGCUUGUGACUGUGAAUGUAAAGGCUGGGGAGAUCCUCAUUACAUCACAUUUGAUGGACUAUACUACAACUAUCAAGGAAAUUGUACCUACGUCCUAAUGGAGGAGAUUACACCAAAACAUCACUUAAAGAUUUUUGUUGAUAACAUCAACUGUAAUCCCACUAAACAAGUUACUUGCCCACGCUCAUUAAUUAUAUCCUAUAUAUCAGAAGUGAUCGUACUCAAGAGUCAAAAUCUUGUUGGAGCAGCAGAACUGGAGGCAUUCCAAGAUGAAAAACGCUUACAACUCCCCUAUUUACAACAAGGAUUUAAGAUCUUUAAUUCUGGCAUUUCUUUGGUUGUGGAGAUCAUGCCUUUGGGAGUUAUUAUUACUUUUGGAACAAGUGGCUUUACUGUCAGUCUACCUUAUGAAUAUUUUGGCAGCAACACACAGGGCCAAUGUGGUACAUGCAACAACAACAAAGCAGACGACUGCAUGUUGCCUGGAGGCCAGCUUGUGCAAAGCUGUAACGUAAUGGCUGACUUUUGGCCUGCAAAAGACAUUUACCAACCAAACUGCCAGAUACCACCUGUGCUCCCGACCAAUGCACCUGAGCCCCCGCCCACAUUGACUCCAUGCAACCCAGAAUCUGACUGUGAUCUGCUUAUGGGCAGUGUCUUUGAAGAGUGCCAUCCCUUCAUCGAUCCAGAGAAUUACUACCAAGGCUGUGUUUUUGACAGCUGCCAUGUGUCCAACCCAGCUAUAGAAUGCACGAGUUUGCAGAUCUAUGCUGCUGCCUGUGCUCAGGCUGGUGUUUGUCUGCACUGGAGGAAUGCCACCAGACAUUGUGGAAGUGAUUGCCCACCCGACAAAGUCUACAAACCCUGUGGUCCUGUUGAACAGCCAACCUGUGAAGACAGUCCGACUGGACCAACGUUAGACUACGUGACUGAAGGCUGCUUUUGUCCUGAGGGUACAAAGCUCUUCAACAAAGAAUCUGGCAUAUGUGUUGCUAAGUGUGGAUGUCUUGAUCCUGACGGUAUUCCUCGUGAGUUUGAUGAAAGAUUUGAGUACAAAUGCCAAAACUGCAUCUGCGAGGAGACCACCAAGGCUAUAACGUGCAAGCCUAAGGUGUGCCCGCCAUCACCUGCAGCCAACUGCACAAGUCCAGGCUUCGUCGUCGUCAACGAAACCAAUCCAGCAGACCCUUGCUGUACUGCCGAACUUUGCAGAUGUCACAGCAACACGUGCCCAGUCAAUGACAUGGUGUGUCCAAUUGGAUAUACUGUCGUUGUCAGUGUGCCUGUGGGAAAAUGCUGUCCAGAACACAUAUGCGAGCCGAAAAAAGUUUGCGUCCACAAAAAUGCUGAAUACCAGCCUGGUGAUACGGUUCCCGUGGUUCCGUGCCAGGAGUGUACCUGUACUAACUUUGUGGACCCCAAAUCUGGUUUAUUGAAAAUAAACUGCGAGUUUCAGCAAUGUCAACAACAAUGUAAUCAGGGUUAUAGAUAUGCUGCAGCCAAGACCAAUGAAUGCUGUGGAAGGUGCAUACAGACACACUGCGUCUUAGAUAUCCGUGGAAGUGAGCAGGUUGUGAGGCAAGGAGAUACGUGGUCCCCACCGGAUGAUAAGUGUGAGCAUUACACCUGUGUGAAAAAUAAUGAGACGUUAACAGCUGUCGCCACACGCAUUGUGUGUCCACCAUUCCAGCAAAGUAACUGCCAACCUGAUACAAUACAAACCGCUGCAAAUGGCUGUUGUCAAAUCUGUGUGGAACGGGAGAAGGCCUGCAAGCUGGUGCAGACUAGAAAGCGUAUUGUACACAAGAACUGUGAAUCUUUAGAGGAGGUCAACAUUCCAUACUGUGAAGGCUUUUGCAACACGUACACCAAAUACUCAGAGGAGGCGUCCGCUGUGCAGCCGACCUGCUCCUGCUGUAAGGGCGCUCGAUACAGCAAUCGCACGGUGGACUUGCAGUGUCUGAAUGGAGACGUUGUUCCUUACUCCUACAUCCACAUGGAGGAGUGUAGUUGCACUCUGAGCGACUGCAGCAGACAUGUGGGAGCUCCUGUUAGGAAGAGGAGAAGCUUUACUCUUUUGUAAUUUCAAAAUCACAUUUAUGGAUGCUCGGACAAAAACGUCUCUCAUCACACAGCUUAUAAAAAAUAUUUACUUGCAUUUCCUUGAAUAAAAGCCCAGCAACUCA